AUGCUAUUGGCCAUGCUACAAUUCAACAGACAGUCCGAACUGAAGGAUUUCGAUCUAUUUUUGAGCAUAUUCGCUUUCAUCUUCUUGGUGUACUUCACCUUUCACAAGACCGUCAUGAACAAGUACAAGAGCGAUGUGCCCUAUCUGCAAUAG